AUGACGCCACGCGUUGUGGCGGGCCUGCAAUCACUCAGCGAGACGGAAACAAAAACAGCACAAGGAACAGAAGAGAUCUCAUCACCUCACAGCCGGGUCCAUGAUGAAUCUUCACUCACAAACCCGGCCGUUGGCAAUCCUAUCUCACACCCCCAAAUUGUGGAUUUGUGGAAGGCGUUGGGAGAUACCACCGGUGAAUACACGCUGGAAAUGCUCCUGAAAGGCGCCAAGGUUUACGUGGCUCCUCCAGCCCCCAAACCUGAACCUUCGAGCCAAUACAAGGCGCUCAUGGCCCGACUUCGCCGAGAGGAAGAGCAGCGCGAGUAUGAUCGCAUGGCGAAUCCGCUACCACCCAUGGAGACCUUCUCCCAGCGGUACCCCCACGGCGCAAACAUGGCCCAGGCCUUCGCAGCCGUCAAUCGGCCUACCCACGAGGCCGACAUGGGAGACGACGACGUCACGUACGCCGACGUACACCGGCAGCUGAUGCUAAUCCUCAACUUCGUCGCGAGUAUCCUCGGGGUCGCCGCGACGCUGUGGAUCGUGGCCAGAUGGUGGAGCACACCUGCGAGGUUGUUUUUGACCAUGGGUGGGAGCCUGUUGGUGGGUGUGGCCGAAGUGGCCGUCUAUUCGGGAUAUGUGUGGCACCUUGGGGAGGCCAAGAAACGGGACGAGUCGUUGCGGGAAGUAAAAGAGGUUCUUCAAACUUGGACUGUGGGUGCUGAUGGCAAAGGUGUUGAAGCUGUAAGGCUUCCUGAGAAAGCGGGAGACCAGGAUGCAGGUGUUGGAAGGCGUCAAAAGAGCAGAAAGUGA